CUCUCUGAGCUGCGCCAUCUUGACAGGCAGGAACAGGUACUCCACAUCAGGAGCGGCUCGCUGCGGUCGAGCAACCGUUGACCUUCCGUCCUCCAACUCGGCCGUGGAAACAUGGCUCUGGGCCGCCUGGAAAAGGCUCAGGCGUGGCUCUUCAGAGCUGUCACGUCCUUCUUCUUCAUGAUUUUCCAGCUCCUCUCCAGCCCCGCUGCCUCCGCGAGGAAGCUGCCGCCCGUCGGCAACCCGCUGCUGCUCCAGUCAGCGACGCAGCUCGCGAAGAAGAUCCGGAGGAAAGAGGUGUCCAGUGUGGAGGUGGUGCAGGCUUACAUUGACAGGAUCCAGGAAGUUAACCCUUUUGUGAAUGCUGUUGUAAAAGACAGGUUUGCAGCUGCCCUCCAGGAGGCGGCCCAGGUUGACAAGCUCAUAGAGGAGGAGACGGGAGGAGAAGACGUUCUGGAGGACAGACUUCCUCUUCUGGGCGUCCCACUGUCCGUCAAAGAGUCCUAUUCCCUGCAGGGCAUGCCCUUAUCCACGGGGUUGAUAUCCAGGCGGGGGGUUGUUGCCUCCGUCGACGCUCCCCCCGUGGCACUGCUAAAGAGAGCCGGCGCCAUCCCUCUGGGCGUCACCAACACCAGCGAGCUGUGCAUGUGGCUGGAGUCCCACAACCACCUGUACGGGAUCACUUGCAACCCGUACGACCUGGAGAGGAUAGCGGGAGGGAGCUCAGGGGGAGAGGGGAGCAUUCUGGGAGCAGCAGGGGCGGUCAUCGGCGUGGGGUCAGACAUCGGCGGCAGCAUCCGCAUGCCUUGUUUCUUCAAUGGUGUGUUCGGCCACAAAACCACUCCAGGCGUGGUGUCCUGUGAGAACCAGUACCCUCCCACCUCUGGCACACAGCACGAGUACCUCAGCUCUGGGCCCAUGUGCCGCUACGCUGAAGACCUGCUGCCCAUGCUCACGAUCAUGGCCGGACCAAACGCUCACAAGUUGUCCUUAAACACGGCUGUGGACCUGAAGCAGCUGCGGUUCUUCUCCAUCCCUCACGACGGCGGCUCCAUCUACACGUACCCCGUCAGCAAGGAGCUGCUGGACUCUCAGGAGAAGGUGGUGAAGCGUCUGGAGGCUGACCUCGGGGUCAAAGUGCAGAAGGUGUGCUUUCCUGAGCUGCGCUACGGCUUCCAGAUCUGGGACACAUACAUGGGUCUGCCUGAUAAAGAAGGCAAGCCUCCUCUGGCCUUCGCGGAGCUGAUGGGCGAGCCGGGUCGACCGGCGUGGACCUUCUGGGAGCUGCUGAAACGGAUGGUGGGAAAAUCCGAGCACACCAUACCUGCUAUCUUGCUGGGCCUCUUCGAGAAGACCCAAGUGUCCAAGCCAUCGCCUUUCAUCAUCCAGCAGAAGGAGGCGUUGCAGAAGAAGAUGGAAGACCUGCUGGGCACCGACGGGGUGUUGCUUUACCCGCCUCACCCCCGAGUGGCACCCAAGCACCACCACCCGCUCUUCAGACCCUUUGACUUCAGCUACACAGGUAUUCUGAACAUCCUCGGGCUGCCGGUUACCCAGUGUCCUCUGGGGCUUGGUGAGGAGGGUCUUCCUCUCGGCGUGCAGGUCGUGGCCGGGAAGCUGCAGGACCACCUAACCCUGGCUGUGGCGCUCUACCUGGAGAAGACCUUUGGAGGAUGGAGGGACCCCGGAGCGAAGUGAAGCCCUUCCGACCGACAGACUGACGGUGCGUUGAUGUGAGAGCUGCCGUCUCCUCGUUCUGCCUCGUCACCCUGCUGCAGCACGUGACCGACCGACCGACCGACCGACCGCACACAGACACAGCCUGUGUGCAAGUCUGGAACUAAUAAGGAAAAACUCGUUUCAGUUUGAUGUUUUUAUCUCGGAGGCGUCGGAUGGUUCACAUUUUCACGGGGGACAGGGGUUUUUGUCACAUCUGGCUUGUUUUAUAAGAGCAGCUUGUACGGUCGACACUCCUAAAUCCUCGUUCUGGAGUCUAAACAUUCAAUUCUAUGGAAACAGUAACUUUAUCAUUGACCAAAGUGCAUUAUGGAGAUUAAACUGGAGGCUCUAAUGAACCAGAAAAAUGAAAUACUGAUGUUGACGUAUGUCGUUGAAGGUGUGAGGCUAGCUGCUAAAUCUUAACACAAGAAACUAAAAUAAAUCAAACACAUUCCUGACAUCGGCAGUAGAGGCGAUGAAAGCAGAGAAAUAAUAGCACCAACUUCAUCACAUGAGAAAAUUUCUCGUUUUAGUGAAUUAAAACUAGAGAAUUUUCUCUCUAUAGGUUUUAUAAGAAGGUUUGAGUGAAAUACCUUAAAUCUGCUGCUUUAUUCUUAUUCCCCAUUCGAAACCGAGUUAUUAUUAUCAGGAACAUUCAAUAAAAUCAUGAAUUCACAAGAAAUUACGGUAGUGCUUUAUUCUGGUCCCACCAAAAAUAUUUUGGCCCCAUAAAGGAAUUUCAGCCCCCCAAAAUAUAUAUAACUAUAUAUAUAUUUUUACCAUUUUACUAAUUAAAAAUAAAUGUGGAUAUUUUUGAAGAAUUAUUUUUUUUUUAUUUUAAAUUUGAUUUGCUUUUUGUGGUUUUGAAUCCACAAAAUAGUGUUUUUGGGGCCAGAAUAAAGCAUUGCAAAAAUGACAUGCCUGCAAAUCAGUGUGACUUCUGCCGUUGUUUUUUGGGAGACCAGUUCAGAUGGGUGUGGCUUCACCUCAGCAAGCGCCGCUUUCAUGUCAUUCACAGCAAAGCCUGUUCAUUUUCUUCUGUUUUUUUUUUUUUUGCUCGACAUAUUUAGCAUGAAUUAAAAAUAUUAAAGAAACCACGUGACGUACAACUACGACCGCCGUUGAAUACUGCACGCACUAAAUUCCCCCACGCCACUGAUUGGCCAAGCAAUGUCAAAUGAUCCUCUGAAGCAAGCGAUGGCCGAGCGGGGCGCGUCGUCACGACUUUACAGAAGUGUAAAGUCGAACCCCUGAGACCGACUAGAACCCAGGUUAAGAACCGCUGCUCUAGAGCGAGAAGGAAGCUGUGGCUGACUGCAACCAGUACAAGCGUCGGCAUCGUCACAUGACCUCGGACCAAAUCAUGUUUUAAAAGUGAAGCCUGUUCAGAUUUUGAGGCACAAUUUCCCUUUUCAGACCAAGUUCUCAGUGAGUGGAAACACUGUUGGAGUGUUAAGCUGUAGCACUGUGCAGACUUUGCUUUUCACCACCACUGUGUUCAUAAGUCUUCCACUAAUUUAUAUGUGAAUCUAAAUAAAGCUCAAAUACAAGCAGUU